ACCCAACAUCACCAAAACUAGAUCCCACAACCCCUUUAUCCGACUCAGACAACUUGUCAAAAUCACACCCACCUUCUCCAAAAGUCGUUCCUGUUUCUCUUCACUCCAACCCCAAAAUGGUCGGCCCCAGAACAGUCCAUAAACUAGCCAAAAAACCCAACGAAACCCCUCGCCAGCCCUCCACCACUGAGAAAUUCAAUGAUUCUGAAGAGAAAUUCGAACGCAUGAUCAACUGUAUCACCACCAAAGAAAGGGAAAUGAAACAGCUCCUAGUAGACCACCAACAUCUCACUCACAGGCUCUCUGUUUCUCUGUCUUCUUCACGGAGUGGAAGAAGAAAAUCAAUCUGUGGCUCUCAGAUUCAGCUAGCAGAGUUGUUCGCCAACAAUGGGGUCAAAGUGGUUUCCGCCGAUAUGCCGCCAUUUAUGCAGAUCCACGCCGUCGAUUGCGCUAGAAAGGCCCACGACAGUAUGCAAAACUUCACUUCCAAAUCGCUGGCGUUGAGUCUCAAACAGGAAUUCGAUGGGGCAUACGGGCCGGCAUGGCACUGUAUUGUGGGGAAGAGUUUUGGAUCAUUUGUGACACAUUCAGUGGGUGGAUUCCUGUAUUUUUCCCUGGCUCAAAAGCUUUACAUUCUGCUCUUCAAAACCACUGUACUAAGAGCCAAUUAGAAAUAAUACUGAAUCACUGACCACGCUUUGUUCCAACAAUCUUCAUAUUAUCUUCUUUUGUUUAGUUA